AUUCCGAUUCCGACAAAGAAUGGUCGGGACGUAGCAACUAUUGUGGGAGAAGUAUAUUUAGCUCUGUAUAGUAAACAACAUGGCCUGUGUUUUACUUUUGCGAGCAGCGUGCACGCAUAGAUUAAGACUGGUAUCACAGUUUAAGGUGCAGUUUCGAUUAGGUGACUCGAGACUGUUUGGAAUCUGCAGUUCUGUCUCACUGAGGCCCGGGACAGUCAGUUCUUUGCAACAAAAGCUGGAUUCACUUCACUCUUUUAGAUCGGUUUCCAGUCGGUGCAUUUUUACACAGACCAGUCUGAGAACAAAUAAUACCGUUCCAGAGAGGAAGCAAAACAACACAGUAUCCUUAAGAAGGAGCUCGCCGCCCGCGUCUACAGCCCAGAAAGUGAAAGAAGCUGGAAAAGACCUUACCUAUCUUCUCGUCGUGUUGGUUGGGAUUGGCAUAACAGGAGGAUUGUUCUAUGUGAUAUUUAAAGAGCUAUUCUCCUCCUCAAGUCCAAGUAAAAUAUAUGGAGAUUCUCUGAAGAAGUGUCGAGCCCAUCCAGAGAUAAUUGCAGUGCUGGGAGAGCCUAUAAAAGGUUAUGGAGAGACAACUCGGCGGGGUAGAAGGCGUCAUGUCAGUCACAUAGAGUAUGUGAAGCAUGGUGUGAAGCAUAUGCAACUCAAAUUUUACAUUGAAGGCUCUGAGCCUAUAAAAGGAACAGUGCACUUGGAUGCAAAGGAGAACCCAGAAAGUGGAAAGUAUGACUUUCGUUACAUAUUUGUGGACUUUGACACCUAUCCCAAAAGAACCAUUAUUGUUGAAGACAACCGCUGAACGUCAUGAAUGUGUAUUUUUUGAUAUGCUGGGAGAAAGCCGGAGAUCCUUUCAUGCUUUAAUAAAUUAAAGAAAGCCUGUGAAUAAGAAAUAAUUUGGAUAAUUAAUCUUUUCUCAGAGACUGUCAAUGCAAUUUAUUUGUGAGAAGGUCAGAUUCAGAAUCUGAAACAUAAUUACUGUAAACGUUUGGUAUAUAGACAGUCUGUUAAUUAAUGUAUUCUUUUUAUUUUAAGGGACCAAUUGUUGGCCCUUUUGAGCAAAGCAAAUCGAAUCAUGUAUGUAAAAUGAAGUAACUUUAUAAAUAAAGUAUUUUGUGACUG